GCAGCCGCCAGGCCGGAGUCUCCGCCUGAACGCACUUCGCGCACGACCGCCGGGUGAACCGCUUCCCAACGGGGAAGAAAAUGUGGAAUUUCAAGAGACGCGAAAGCCCGAAAUUCCCGUUUCCGCGACUCGGUUAUCACCGGUGAAAUAGCAUUCGAUAACUCCGAAAAAAAGGCCCCUCUGAUUAUUCGCACGCGUGAAAUCGAAUCCCGAAUCAGUGGGGUUAACGGAGGUAAGCUAGUCGCGAAUUUCUUACAGCAGGACAAGUGAUUAAACAGAAUUUGUAUAGUAAUUUUGAAUUGAUAAAACAUAAAAAUCGAAUAAACAGCUCGAAUUAAGUUUUAACCAAUCUACAGUGUGCACGUUUCAUUCGCUAAUACAGUUCAUGUACAACAAGUGUUCGGUGUGUAUGAUUUGUUAGUAUAACGGUGAAGCGGAGAAUACACUGUGGAAAUGUGUGAAAUUGAAUGGGAAAAGCCCGCAAGUGCGACGAAAGCAGGAUCCGACGACGAAGCGUGUACGAUGAAAGAGCUACCGCGAUGGGCCUGAGUUGAAAAGAAGUGAAAAAAAGAAUUGACAAUCGUCGACAAGAAGACCCACCCGGAUGUUAUGAUCGUUAACAAGCUAGAAUUAGCGAAUCGAGAUGCCGUUCGUUGCCAGAAAAGUGGAACCGCGGUUGCUGUGCAGGGGCCACGUACCCCCGGGCCCCUCUUCGGGGGCCGCCGGGGCCGAGUUGGAUUCCGUAGCUCACGGGGCCCUGACAAGUUGCCUGAAGCAGCUCGCCUGCGUGCUUACUUUGGCCGAAGACAUCUUCGCCGAGCUGACCUCCGAGCUGACUACCAUAGCUGACAGAAGCGGGGCCCUAAGGCUGAGGGUCGACAAGGUCGACGAGUGCCUGGCAACGAUCGACCCAAAGAAGGUCCCAGUCCCGGAGUCUGACAUUUCGACAUUCGCGUCCCGCAAGGAUCACUACCAUGGCAGAAACGACGUCAAAGCGAAGCUAUUCACGGCUGAUACAAGGCCAAAGAUCCUGAGGGAGCUUUACGAGGCCGCGGCUGUCGUAGCUGUCAGAAGUCUGGACUCGAUAAGUCGGGAUGGCAGGAACAACUCGACGGACAUGUACCUCUGCACACCUGUGCUGGGCAAGAAACGCGUCGAUCAGAGUCUGGAAAUCGAGUCAAGAGUGCCGGCUGCCAUCGAAGACUUGCGCAGAUGGACGUCGACGGAAGCCCUUGGCGACGUUACCGUACCACCGGAUUGUAUGUCAAGGAUCCUUACCGAUGCAACUGACGACGAUGCCGUUGACCACAAGCUCCCGAGCCCGGAAGAACAAGUGCAAGCUGUCGCCCUGAGAUUCCCAGCUGAAGUUGUCGCCGUCGACGUCAGCGGAAGGGGCUUCGAACGAAUGUCCAUUAGACGACGGUCCCUUCUUUCGCCGGCUGGACAAGAGAGCAAUGAAGUUGCCGUAAAGCGAAGAUCCCGACCCAGGAGACCGAGAGGCAAACGGCGAAACACCAUCGCCGGUAUCGACCAUAAGGAAAUCCGUCAGGCGAUAGGAGGGGAAACGGCGACGGAGGGUCUGGAAGAAGAGGAAGCAUCGCCAGUGGCGAGUUCACGGGCGCACAGAUCGGCGAGUACGGACCUCCUUGGCUCGAAAAAAGAGUCGCCGUCGGAGAAGAAGUCGCACUUCAACACGCUGAAGGCCUGGGGAAUGUCACGACUGAAGUUGAUCAGUCCAAAGUCGAGUCAGAACGUACAGGACUCAGGCGUUGGGGGCGGAUCGAGCCGCUCGGAGGAGCAUGAUCAGUCGGCCGAGGAGAAGCAGUCCGGCUCUCCGGAGGAGGUCAACAUCUACGAGACCGUGACGAUGCGGAGGAGGAAGGAGAAGUUCCAUGAGCGCAAACCCAGCUCGUCGAGCUCAAGCGGCAAGAGCACCUCCAGCAUCCCUGUAUCUGCACCUCCGGUCGAACGUCAGGCCAACGUUAAGCUCAGAGAGAGCGCCGCUCAGCGCAGGGAACGCCGCAAAGGCAAUCGCGAAGACGCUCCGCACUCCAGCUCUGGAAACUGGAGCGCCUCUUCGGAGAGCGGUAGAGCCAGCAUCGGAAGCGAAACCACAACGACCACUCAUCCGCCGAGGUACAGGUCAACGACCACCGCUUCGAUCGGAACUUCGUCAACGUCGUUGAGCCAUGUCAGACGCCCGAAGGGAAGGGAUACUUCGGCAUCAUCCUCAGUCACCUCGGAGGGAACUCUGACUCCGGAUAUAAUCCACGACAUAACCGCCGUACCCUUUUCCGACGACGGUGAAAACUCCUCGGUUUACUCAUGCGACACCGAAGGUUACUACACCUCUUUCCACGUUGAUUCCGGGCUCAAGACUCUUAGGGAGGAGGAAUCCCUGCCCCAAAGUCCGCUCACCAAGUCUUGCGACCUCAGCCCAGAACUCGCUUCUCCCGUUGCCGAAAAUGAAUACGAACUGUUUGGCAGGGGUUCCACCUCCACCACCACUAGCUCGGCCGGCACCGUUUGCACCACUCUUCUUGCGCCACCUCCUCCGGAACGAAAAUCCAGCUUGACGGUCGUGGCAAUGGUUCAUGGUCAGAACCAAAACGGUGGCCAGUCGCCAGACAGCGGCCACAACACGUCGUCGUCGCCAGUGGAGUCGGCGUCAAGCCCAGCAUGCACGGGUCGGUCAUGUUCGGAGUUCGAGUACUCGGAGUCGAGUGAUUUGGAGGGCUGCGAGCGAGUAGAAAGGAUCAGGUCAAAAACGGCGAUAAACGUCAGCCGUAUACCAUCGAUGUGCGUGAUAACGCCGCCAGGUUCGGACGACGAGACAUCGAAAGACGGAGAGGCCUUCAGAGGGCGGAUGGAGCUGGGCUCGGUGCUGAUGUCGGCGACGGUCGGUACCUCAAAGAUGGAGGUGAUAAACGGGCAGGACAAGAAUCCCUACGCCACCGUCCAGACGGUCCUGCCGCAUGAAAAGGCAGGCGAAAAUUCCUGCAGACGGAUUUCCCAAAGCUCGCAUAAUCCCGCGGCGGGCUCGUCGAAGGUCAGUCCGCUCAGCGGCGUCCUGGGCAAGCUUCGGUGCGUUCUUCCCGGAGGAGGGAAGAAGACCUCGGCUGCAACGACCAAGACGGGAACCGCAGCCCAGCCGGACCCGGCCAAUCCAGACUCAGGCGACUAUGUCACCAUAGCCGAUGUGAGGAAUAACAACAACAAACGGUCCGAUCACUCGUCCACUCUUGUCCGCGCUCCCCAGCCUGCCGUGACCUACGCCAAUGCCGAUCUCUUCAAGAAGGACGCCGAGUACGUCAGUCUUAGUGACCUUCCCAGGAAGCAGGACUCUUCCUUGGAGCGCAGGAGGCAGGGUGCCAGGGUCACCCUUGACUCGGAGGGCAAGGUCGUUUACUCCUCGGACAGCCUCAAGAGGCGGAAGGGCGCUCAUACCACCUUCAAUCCGGGGCCCUUCGUGAAGGAAGGCGUGUCCCCGACGACUUCGCCGCUGUUGCAUCGAGCCCAGGCGACGGUGCGAGCGGUGAAUCGAGACCUGUCGAUACGAGGUCGAGAAACAACGGACUGUCCGGAAAGUUCGACGCCGCCGAUGUCACCGCAGCUGGGGAAAUUGAUAAUCAGAGCGCCAAAGAGCCCGGAGAGAGCGGCGAGUCCGAACUACGUAAGGACGCCGAGCACCGUUGUGGGACCCACGAGCCCCACCAGCCCCCAGAAACAUUUGAGAGGAGCCUACGUCAACGUGCAAGGCGAAGAAGACAGCGCGUUGCUAGCCGCUUCUAAAGAGACCGUGGCCCAGGAUGGUUUGAGCAAAAAGCCGACGGCACCGCCAUACAUAGAUCCACCGCAGCUCAAAGAUCGAGCGGAAAAUCUGCAGAGCGAUCCUCGUCGGCAACCGUCGAACGUGAAGCAAAAUGUCUGCCUUAACGACAGAGCCGAUCGAACGACGCGGAAGAUCGAAGCACCGGAUCAGGAGAAGCUGUCCAACUACGCGAACGACAACCGAUCGAACUACAAGGAGAACCAGAACCGGGUUCCGAAGCAAUCGGCGUACUUCGACAGGGAGAAUAACAAGAGAAACAGCGAUCGUUUCUGUGACGGAAACGGAAACGGGAACGCUAAUGGAAAUGGAAAACAGUUCUACACCCUGCCGAACUCUCGGACUUCGCCAAGGGAGCUUAUCGAACCACCGAGAAGCGUCACUCCCGACAUUACUCGUGGCCUUGCACGCGGCCCUCUUUCCGCCAUGCAUAUGAUGGCCAGACGCGGACAGAAUAUUUCCGCAUCUGCGGAACGCCCGUCGCGCCCUUCCGGUCACGGCUUAGACAGCGAUGGACACAUCGCUAAUAACGAUGUGGGAAAAACACAGAAUCAACGCCAGGAACAGAAAGCGUCGAUACCCAGGAACAGAUUCAUCGUUCCUGCGAGUUUGGCGGCGGUUGGUUACCGGUUCAUAGCAGCACCCCCUGUUCAAAAUCCUCCUUCCCAUCAGGGGUGGAAGUCCCCCGGGACUGGAGACCCUCUGCGGCAGGCUGGAUUAUCGCCGAUCGGACCGGGUGGAAAUAGGGGAUUCCAGUCAUCGACGCCAGGGGGUGGAGAAUCGAAAACGGGGGCGCAAAGCACGCAGCACCAUUCCAGGCUCGCUCCGCCAGUCCAGAACAGUUCCGGAAGAAACACUCCCGCCAAUCUAGUCCUUUCACCAACCAGAAGCACCAUGUCCAAUGAGGAGCUAUUCGCCAUGAUCCACAAGUCGAAAAGGCGCCUCAAUAUCAAGGAGGAACCCGAUCUUCGACUUUUCGGCGACCCUGGCGCCGCUUCCUCCCACAAUCAGGCUAACUCCAGGCACAGCUGGAGCCCGGAGUCGCAGGAAAUUCCGGUAGUACCCAAGAGCGUGAACCCAAUAUCGUCAACGUCUCGUCGUGAUUUCAAGCGCCUGUUGCUUCAGCAGAGCGUAAAAGCAGGCCCAACAAGGUUGUCGGCAGCUGAGCAGCUGAAGCUGUCCCGGCAGCAGACUCAGCAGCAGCAACAACAGCUACUCCACCAACAGCGACAACAACAACAACUGCAAUCGCCGCCGCCCCCGGUGAAAGUGCUGAGUCCCCGAGCAGCAUGGCGAUUCCCGAGUCCGCGAUCCGACGUCUUGUCCUCGACAAUAAUCGAGGACGCGGCUGCCGAGGAGAAGGCGAUGAAACCAUCGCCGGAAAACCCCUCGCCGAUGUCGAGGCCCGUCUCGAAGCGGCAGCUGGACUUGGGGGGCCCAGGCCCAAAAAUCGAUUCGAUAAUCGCACCCACCACAAACGUUCCUAACUCAAGUAUUAAUGCGGCCAAUUUUUCGACCCCGAAGAAGCGGCCGUUGAUCUCUGCUGAAGGCUCAGCCGGAAGGUUCGAAGAGAUUAAAAAUUCGUCGCAAAUUCCCAGCAGCGUAACGGUUCUUCCGGGACUUAAGGAUUUGCAUGGGAUCGCCGAGAGCAGGCGAAUCAACAAUCAGCUGGCAAGGGCCCAAUUCUUGGCUAGCUUUCCGGCGACCGUUACACCGUCCUGGACAACGAGCCAAAACCAAACUUCCGCCAACUAUUUUACCAGACACAAUCGCGCCAGGUCUGAAUCGCCCCAACAUGGCGUCGUGCAAAACGUUUCGCGCAGCCCAAGCGCACCGACUUUAGAAACCGCCCUUUGAAAAAAAAAAAAAAAUAAACGAGAAGACUAAUUUCAGUCAUUCAAAAAUAAGACCGCGUUUGCCGUUUUUAUUUAUAUUUAUUCAUCGUGUUUUAUUUUUUUUAUUUUUAUUUUCUUGAGAAGUCUAUAAUUUCACCGAAUUUGCACAAAACGUUAGGUUAUUAAUUUAUUAUUUUUACUACCACUAUUAUUAUUAUCAUUAUUGAGUAAUACGCGUCCUAUGUACAAUAUUCAUCAUCCGAUUGUACUCGAGUGAGAGAAAAAGGGCAGCAAAAAAAAAACAGACGUGAGAUUACAAAAAAAGAGGAUAAAUUAAAUGACUGUACAUAUGCGAUAGAACGAUAAUUAGAGUAUACAUAUAACCUAGUACAUGACGUGAAAUAUAAAUCAAUUCCUGGCAGCUUAAAAUACGUACAGUUUAAUGUUUUUAUAAUACAAUCAUCUCAGUAAGAGUUUAUUUUGGACUAUUGUUUUAUUGUGGUAAAUGCAAAUUUUUGGAAGUAAAAAAAAAAUAAUAAAAAAACCAAAAAAGUCAGAUAAAGUCGUCCAUACUCGGGUACAAUUAAUCCGUGUGGAUGCGACUAUCCGACAAACGAGAAAAAAAAGUAAGAGGAAAAGAAACAUCUUUGUAAAUUAUUCAAAGCUGAUGUUAAGUGUCAGAGGAGAAAUAGAAAAAUCAUUAACAUAUAAUCGAAACUGCACGCUGGCUAUGAAUCUACAGUAAAACGGAAAAAAUAAUAUAAUAAGAAAGAUUACAAGGCUAUUAUAUAACGUUUAGCUUACUGAUGAACGAUAUACAUACAUGCAUAUAGGUUCCUGGGUAUAUAAGUAGAUAUUAAUAUAAUAUAUUGAGAGAGAAUGAGAGUAAAAAUAUUUAAAAGCUGCUGCAUAUGUUAUGUUGAAUUGAAAGCUGGUUGCCUUAAAUUAUUUAUAAGAGCUUGAUAAUGAUAAUAAUUACCGAUUUGUGACGUUCGGACGUAUUGUAAGAAUCGAAGACAAAGUACAACCUGAUAGUGCGAUUAUAACAAAACACACCGGUCGUUCGCACGCAAUGCAGCACUCAAUUAAUGUUGGAUAAAAAAAGCACGAAACGGAAGAGGUAAGAAAAUUAAUUGAAUAUAUCGUGUUGAGGCCAAAACAUGUUAUGCCCUCCGUUCUUGAAUAAAAAAGCGAAUUUUAUACAUUGCA